AUGGGACCUACUGCUUUCGAGCAAGGUUAUAAACUCCUCCCAAUCUCACUGCCGUCUCGUUUUUCCAUCUACCCACCUCUGAGGACUAGCAAGGUGAGAGUUUAUAGGCUCUUGGAGGAGUUGAAGAGGUGGAAUUUGGUGGAAGAUAUUGGGGACAAGGUGUUGUACCUUAGCUCCUUUUCGUCAACACGGCUCGUACAGAAGCCACGGCCAACACAAUCCGGUUGCCCAAAUUUUAAGGUGGUAGUGCCGUUUUCAACACGUGGGAAGAUGCGCUUUGCCUUACGAGACUGGAUCCUGCCACGUGGCCAAGCUCAGAAGUNAAAGAAGAAGAAGAAGAAGAAGAAGAAGAAGAAGAAGAAGCUCAGAAGUAGCCAAUUAAGCCCAUCAGAAGUUGAGAGGUCAAUUCGCCAGGCUCAGAGGUAG